AUGAAGUGGUUCCGAAGAAAGAAGAAGCCAGGAAAGGAGCUAUCAGAUAAACCAACUCUCGUACGCAGUUAUACAAAUCGAGCAGAUCGAAGGCAUCAUGCAGCAUAUGCAACCCCGCGUGGAUCUAUCAUAAACAAGCUUCCCGAUAAAGUUCUCGAACGCAUCUUCAUACUUGUAUGCCCUCAUUCGCAAGACGAAACUUAUGAGACAUGCGAACAAUCUUCUCUGGAUGACUGCUGUCCAUUAUGCGAUACAAGAGAUUUGGCUCACUGUGCGCAAGUCUCGAGAAAAUGGAGGAAUGUAGCUAUUGGGGUUUUGUAUCAUAGUGUUCGGAUUGAUGCAGUUCAUUUCUGCGAACUCGAAGAAAUAUUAUCAGAGAAGAGGAAACAUAAAGGUCGAUUCAAUCGCAAUGCAGAACCAGAGGAAACCCCCAACGUGAGGUUGCAAUUACUUUGUAGAACGAUUCGCGAUAAUAGAAUGCUGGGAGAAUUGGUGGAAUUUCUCAAAACACCAUAUAUGACCAGAGGAGCUUGCAAAGCCGAUCUUGCACGCAGCGUGGCAGUUUGUCCCAAUAUGCGAUAUCUCGAUCUUCCCGAGGGUAUAUUUUCAGAUGAUCCUUCCUGCCACACACUUAAACUCGAAAUUCAAGCGCGAUGUCCAGAUUUACGAAAGAUGACAUACAUGACCGGCUCAGAGAGAAGCCUUGAACAAUUGGCAGGCGGCAAGAUUUGGAGGAACCUGGAGGUAUUGGAAUUUACAAGACUCAAUAUGGACCCCACAAUCAUUCGACGUGCCUUGGGCUCAUUAACUGGGCUUCGGGCUUUGAAAGUUACAGAUACAAAGACUUUCAAUGAUGAAGUAUUCCAACACAGUGAUUAUCUUCCGCCAUUUCCAGCUUUCACCGAAUUGGUUUUCGAAAAUACACCCAACGUUACAGCGAUCGGCUUGGAAGCGUAUUUAUUCCGUUCAGACACACAAGAGAAACUCACAAGUCUUUCAUUGACAGAAACGGGUAUCCAUCCUUCUGCUUUGCAUAAAAUCACAGAUAAUGCUCCUAGAUUGACCUUUUUGUCAAUUGUUGAAUCAGUACAUGCAUCCUUUCCGGCUCUUCAAAACAUUCCACCACUUUCCUCAACUUCACUACAAACAUUGCACUACGAAAUUACCUCCACAUCAUCUACAAAUACAUUCAAGAGCGUCGUACAAAGUCAUUACUCAUACCUCACCACCUCCUUGAUCGCCAAUAGACUUCCCGCGCUUCGAGCUCUCUACGUUCGCGAUUCCGAGUUCCCCGAAUCUUUGAUCGGCCUCGCACCUCCUGCUCCCGCAUAUGCAUCCGAUCCAGAUAAUUUUGUACCACCUAAUACUUUCGAACGUUCGUCGAAUGCGCCUUCUGGCAUGCCUAACAAUCGAUUCAGUUCCAACAAUCCUUUUGCAGCUCAAGCAAGCCUGUCUCCGGCGAUGCCUACUGGAAUGGGACUUAAACAAGAAUUAGAGGUUUAUAGUAAAGGUCUUGAUGAGAUGGAAUGGAAUUUUGCCAAAGUCCAACCGCCAACUGCACCCGGCAGAAGAGGUUCGGCAACGACAGCAAGACCGAUUAGCAGUUACGGACUAGGUGAUAGUAUGGGUAAAGCAUGGGCUCCAGGUCAUGGAGCAAGAAGAAGUGUUAUUGUCGGAAAUGGAUUUGGUGGCUUCCUCGCCGUGCCUGCAGAUGAUCCUCCUAGACCUAGCAGCUCAGCUGGUGAAAAGAAAAGACAUUCCAGGAAAAACAGCAGCCAAGAUUUAUGGCGAUGA